AUGGAUUACUCGCUUCAGCUGCCAUCGUCGAUGGUUAGCAACUCGCCUAUGAUCAACUACCGGAAAGAUGCCAGAAAAGCCAUAAAGUUUACCUUCAUGGUAGCCGGAGAACUGGGGACAGGUAAGUCCACCUUCAUUAACUGUCUAUUGAACAGAAAAGUAAUGGGCCAUACUUACGAGGGAAUCAACAAGGCGUUGGAUACCAAGACGUUGGCAUUCACUCUGGCCACGUCGGUUGCCUUGCCCAAUACGGCCAUUUUGGCACGCAACGAGUUUGACGCGUCCGCUGCUCAUGAGGAGCCUGGAAUUGCAUUGACAGAGACAAAGGUUGAGAGUAUCGACGAAGAUAACGUUCGUUUGCAAUUAAAUAUCAUCGACACCCCGGGUUUUGGUGAUAACUUAAACAACGAACUCUGCUUGAACGAGAUUGAAAAUUACUUGAAGCAGCAAUUUGAUUUGGUGUUGGCCGAGGAAACCAGAAUCAGAAGAAAUCCCCGUUUUGUAGACACAAGAGUCCAUGUGUUGCUCUAUUUCAUCACCCCUACCGGUCAUGGAUUAAGAGAAUUGGACAUUACAUGUAUGAAACGCUUGUCAAAAUACGUCAACAUCAUACCAGUUAUUGGCAGAGCAGACUCAUUCACCGAAUCUGAAAUCCAAUAUUUCAAGCAGCAAAUCAGAACAGACAUUGAACGCUUCAAUGUUCCUGUUUUCCAGUUCGACAACUACAUGAACGACUAUGAUGAAGAAGAAGAUUACGACUUGAUCCAAGAGUGUAAAUAUUUGACCAGCUUGCAACCUUUUGCUGUCGUUGCCUCCGAGCAAGAUUUCGAGAUCAGAGACAACACCACUGGCCAGACCAAGACCAUAAAGGCCAGACAGUACCCAUGGGGAUUGGUGGAUGUGAACAACCCCAAGUACAGUGACUUCUCGGUAUUGAAGUCUGUUCUUUUAGGGUCGCACUUGCAAGAUUUGAGAGACUUGACCCAUGACUUCUUGUACGAGACCUAUAGAACCGAGAGAUUGACCAAGGUUACUGGAUCUGGUAACGACCAAGAGGACACAUUCCAUGACACAACGGAACAUGACAUUCUGAAUGCCACUGUUCCAUCAAUGUCCAACUUGGCGCAAUUGACUGAAGGAGAACCUGAUACCACCACCAAGUUUUACGACAAAGAGGAUUCGGACGAAAACACAUCACUUGCUUCCAACCUGUCAAGAAAACCCAAGACCAUGUUGUUGGAUGACGACUCAUUAGAAGGCUCGCCCAAGCUUAGAGACUCUUCGUCUUUCACGUCAUCAGUAUCGACAUUCUCCGAUAACAGGUCUGCCUCUGCCCGUAGCGACAAUUCGUUCAAGAGACAUUCGAUUGGACCUCAACGUAACCAGCUAAGACAGAUCUCCGAGACAGUUCCAUACGUGAUCAGACAUGAGAGAAUCUUGGAAAGACAGCAUAAGCUUGAGGAGAUGGAGGUUGCUAGUGCUAAGGAGUUGUCCAGUAGAGCAGCGAUGUUGGAGAAGAAGGCAGCUGAAUUAAAGGCCAAGGAGAAGAUGUUAUUACAAAGACUAGAGGAGUACAAGAAAAAGCAGGCCGAAAAAGUUGCAGCCGAGGAAACGAUUGACGAGAGCGUGGAGCCGACCGGCAAUCAGACGGAGAACGGAGAUUUUGACAGCGAACACGCCGUGGAGUCUUCCGGCAAUUAUUCUAGGAUUCAAAAAGAGGAGACACUUACAGAUCUACACUCAAUUGUGAAGGACGAGUAA